GUAGCGGUUGCAUCCUAGGACAACACCGCUAAGCACGGAGGCCUUGCAUUGACGAUGGCCGGCGGUGGCAAUGGCUCUGCAUCCGGUGGCAGCGCGGAAGAGUUAGGAUCCCUGUCUUCGCUGAAUGUUUCCCUCGAAAAUGCGACCGACAUUCUCUUCAAUAGUACCAACGGCACAGCCACUGACGAGCCAAAGGGAGGGACCAUCUACUCAACCCACCAGACAGAGCAGCUUGUGACGCUAUGGGUUCUGUUUGCCUUUAUCGUGGUUGGGAACAGCCUGGUUCUACUGGUCAUGUGGAUGGAGCGGCACAAGAAGACACGUAUGAACUUCUUCAUCACCAACCUGGCUAUCGCCGAUCUUGGAGCAGGACUGUUCAACGUGCUACCAGACCUUGUGCACAGGUUCACGGUGGAGUGGAUUGCUGGGGACUUCAUGUGCAAGCUUAUAAAAUACAUACAGGGUGGAGUGCUGUACGGAUCUACAUAUGUACUGGUGGCGCUGAGUGUGGAUCGUUAUGACGCCAUCAUUCAUCCUAUGCGCUUUGCACAUGAUCGCAAGUCCAAGGCGAUGAUCUGUGUGGCCUGGGGACUGGCCGCCUUAUUCUCCAUCCCCAGCCCGGUCAUCUUUGCCCAGACCAAACUGGACAACGGGGAGUGGCAGUGUUGGGCCACGUGGCCGGAGGACUGGUACUGGAUACCCUACAUGACCAUCGUGACCACACUGGUGUUCUUCAUUCCACUGGUCAUCAUCAGUACCUGCUACAUCUUCAUCGUGGUAAAGAUCUGGAGACGCAGCAAGGAGCUUGUCCAGGAGCGCAAGUUUAUCGGAGAAAAGUGCAUCCCCAUGACCCCCCGCACCUUCACUCAGUCUAACAACAAAGGCUCCCCGGACGGGAAUGAUGACGACAGCCCCGUCAAGAAGCGAGGCUGCGUCGGCAGUCUGCGAGCUCGCUUUAGCCCAAAAUGUCAACAACUGAACUACGAAAUACAGAUGGAAUGA